UCUUUUAUUUAAUUGUUGUUUGGUUGCUGGACAUGAGGGUCGAGAAAGCACAAAUCUUUCCAGUAAUGAUGUUCCUCAAAAUGGCUUCUCCACUUCAUCUGGUCUUUCUGUUCAUGAUCUCAGGGGCUCUUGGGAAUAAAUGGAGUGUGACAUACAGCAAACUAAAUCUCUGUGCUUUAAAUGGAUCUACAGUGUUUAUGAACGUCACGUACACACACCCAACAGGUCUUACAGUGACGAACAGGUUUUGGGUAAUAAACCCAAUUGACUGGAUAGAACCGACUGAUCUGCGUAAUGAAUCAGGUUACUCAGACAGAGUGGAGUAUUCAGGAGAUGAACAGAAACACUUCUCCCUCAGACUGAGUGACGUGAAGAAAUCAGAUGAACUCAAGUACUUUGUCAGAAUCAUAGCAAAUGAAGAAAAAGAAAGAUGGCUGGGUCAUCCUGGAGUCAUACUCACUGUUACAGAUCUUCAGGUGAUCGCUCCUGCAGAAGUGACAGAGGGACAAUCAGUCGUUCUGAUCUGUAAAACCACCUGCAGUCUGACUGAUCCAACAUUCAUCUGGUACAAAAACAGACGUGAUUUAACCACAAACACCCCCAAGAGCAAUGAACUCCACCUGCAGCCGGUCAGCAGUGAGGAUGCAGGCAGUUAUAGCUGUGCUGUAAGAGGAUAUGAACAUCUCCCCUCUCCUGAUCAAACCCUCAGAGUCAGAUAUCCUCCAAAGAACAUCUCAGUGUCCAUCAGCUCCCCUGGUGAAAUAGUGGAGGGCAGUUCAGUGACUCUGACCUGCAGCAGUGAUGCUAACCCACCUGUGGAGAACUACACCUGGUUUAAGGGGACGACAUCAGUAGGAAAAGGAAAUACCUACAACAUCUCCAAGAUCAGAUCUGAGGACAGUGGACAGUACAAGUGCAAGUGCAGUAAUGAAGUCGGACAUCAGGACUCCAUCAGUGUAACUCUGAAUGUUCUGUAUCCACCAAAGAACGUCUCAGUGUCCAUCAACUCCUCUGGUGAAAUAGUGGAAGGCAGUUCAGUGACUCUGACCUGCAGCAGUGAUGCUAACCCACCUGUGAAGAACUACACCUGGUUUAGGGUGAAUGAAUCGUCACCUGUAGGAUCUGGACAGAGUUACGGAGCACUACAGAGUGGACAGUACUACUGCAAGGCUCAGAAUAAACACGGCUCUGAGAGAUCAGCUGCAGUGUCCGUCACUUUAAACAGGGUUCAGAGCUUAGGUGUGUACGCAGGUGUUGGGGCUGUUGUGUUUGUGUGUGUUUGUCUCGUCAUCACCUUCCUGUUUAUAAGAAGCAGGAGACAGAAGAAAAAGGCAGAUGAAGGUGACUCUCAGAACGUCGGGCCGAGCGCUAAAGACGACACGUACGCAGCUCUCGACCUCGCGGGCCGGACAUCUGAUGAUGUGUAUCACACACUUGCAUUUUCUCAUCCCAGUCCUCCUGCUGACACGCCCACUUCCUCUGACUAAAGAGCAGAACAUGAUGAAUGAAAUGAGUCCUGAAACAGCUGAUGAAUAGAGAGAGCUCCUCACUGAAGUGGAGGAACUGAAUCGCUCCUUUACACCAGCGACAUCAGCAUCUUACAGCCAUUUAAAGCAGCUUUAAUCAUUUUAUAGCAGUGUGUGAAGUACUUUUUCUCCUGCCAGCAGGUUAGGACUGUUCCAGUCAGCUGUAGAGUUUUCACUCAUUAGUUAUCGCUUCUUUAUUGUGAAUAUUGUAACUGAAUUAAGGGAUUGAAGCUCAACUGAAGUCCAGAAUGGAAAUAUAUUUAGCAGAGAAUGUGUAUUUAGUGAGAAAUAAAACUAAUUAUGAUGUAUUAACUUUCUCAGAACUGUACGCUGUAGGUCAGUGUUAUAGAUUUAAGCAGCUAAUGUGUCAGUGCUGAUUGAUCUAAAGUAAUUACUGCUAUAAACUCAUUUAAAGUAGUGAAGUGAUGUUUUAUUUACUGUUGACGGUGUGAGCGGCCAUGUUGGUCUGAUGUCAUGUACUGAACUCGGGGUUGAGGAGACCUUCCUGACUUUCUGAGUAAGAAUUCUGAGUUGAGGGGCCGUUUUCUUAGGGGUUUUUUUUGUUUGUUUUUUUUUUUUUGUUUGUUUUUUUUUUGUUUUUUGUGAGGUAUGAGCUUUAUUCAAACACAGCAUGAGGUCCUGAUUGUCAGCCAGUGAUCCUGGAAUAGACUCCUGAUUCACUGUGACUCUGACCAGGAUAAAGCUCUUGUAUAUAUCGCAGUAGAGCCACUUUAACUAUUCAAAGCUGUUCAUAUACAUCCUUGUUUUAUUUUGUCUCACUCCAAAUAAAAAGAUAAAACAUAUUAUUCCACUUUUUAUGUGAACUGUUCAUGUCGCUGUUCAAGUCAAAUAUCAUAACAGUACUGUUACUUCCCAAAAUAAUCUACUCUGAGUAGAGUAAAAAUUCUCCUGCUGCUCCUCCUACUAAUUUUACAAAGUAAAAUAAACGUUAAUAAGCAAUAAACAUAAAUAAUCUCUGUGUGAUCUGCUGCAUGUUUAUAGUGCUCAGUCAUAGAGAGAAUCUCCAUGUUACAGCGGCUCGAUCACACUUAAAUGAAGGUUUGAGUAAGUAAUUACAGAUCUGAAUCAUGUGUGUUACACUGCUGUUGUGCUCCAGGAAUAAAUUCGUCUUUGCACAUGAACAGUUGAGAUGUUUAAAACGCAGUUACACAUGAUGUCCAGAGAGGGCUGAUUUUACAGCUCUGAUCUUCAGUCUGCAAUCUGAUGCUUUAGAAGGAAUGUAUUUGGAUUAAAGAUCCUCUCUGGAAUUUUAUUGGUCUUUAAACUGGAUUAAGUUAGGAUCUGGAGUUUAUAAAAAAGAGUCCUAUUUAUUUAUCCGACCUGUGAAUGACAGAUAAAAGAUUAGUUCUGAUAAUUAUUUACACUAAUAUGCUUGUAAAGUCUGACAAAUAAUAAUUUUAAAAGACCCUCUAAAAAUCACACAGUCUAAAACCUGCUUCUUCUUUAUUUUGAAAAUUGAUUCAAAUCAAAGUUAAAUCAUGUGAUGAUGUCUAUCUGGAGAGUUUCUAGAAGCAUUCCGCUAUAACCAGGUGGAAGUUGUGGUGAUGUUGAAUAAAUGGGUGAAUGUUGUUUAUUUCACUCUGCUGUAGAUCGCAGUGGGAUCCUCAUCAUUGGAAGGCCUACAGAAAGAGAGUAAAUGAUCACAGUAAGAUCCAGCAGAAGAUCAUUUCCAGCUCUGUUAGAGUGGAGGAAACAGACCUGCUCCUCUAACCUGUAGUCAGCACCGCUGCGAGUGAAUCUGACACUAGAGUACUGAACCUCCUCAUCCUCAGAGGCAGAAGCUAGAUACAGUGUUGAUUGAAUUAGUCACUGCUACAUUGGCAUAAAGAUUAUCCUGAGGCAGGAGAGCAUGAAAUCUUUACCAAAGCGCUGCUAAAUUCUGUUGGUGAAUUUUCUAUAACAGCGGCUCUGACAGUAGUGCAGCUGCACAUCACAGGUUUAUAUUAAUACCCUUGUUCUAAUACGUUAUCGUUUCUAUAGUAACAGCUCAUUCACAGGGACUUGUACAGUGGACGCUCGACAUGAACAGAUUAGAAACAUGUGCAAUCAUUGAUUUGGUGGUUUUCUUUAAGGAUACGUUUAUUUAACACUUUUUGAAGGAGUCUUCAGUGUCAGCACAUUGUAACAGUCAGAGGUAAAGCUGUAAAUAAGUUUUGCAGACAUCUUCAGGACAGAGGAGUUUGCGCUUUCUCAGUAAGGUGACAAGUUGUUUUUAUUUUUAGCUGUCAUUAAAAUUCAGGAGAGAAAAAUGCUUUAAAAAAAAAGAUAC